AUGAGUCAACCCCUUGACCGUCGUGUCUAUGACCAAUACAUGAGUCUUGAUACAGGUGAUGCGACACUUGCUGAAUACGUAUGGAUUGGUGGUUCAGGUCAGGAUCUACGCUGUAAGACCAAGACAUUGACCAAAGAAGUAAAUUCAUUGGCUGAUCUACCAAUCUGGAAUUUUGAUGGAUCAAGCACUGGUCAAGCACCUGGUGAAGAUUCCGAGGUUUUAUUGCGUCCUGUAGCUGUCUUUAAGGACCCCUUUCGUCGUGGAAAACACAUUCUAGUGCUUUGUGAGUGUCUAAAGCCUGAUAUGACACCGAUCGCCAAUAACACACGCGCUGAUGCUGCUCGCGUCAUGGAAGCCGCUGAGGCGGAAGUACCAUGGUUUGGCAUUGAACAGGAGUAUACACUGUUUGAAAAGGACGGUGUGACACCAUAUGGCUGGCCCAAGGGUGGUUUUCCUGGUCCACAGGGUCCAUAUUACUGUGGUGCCGGUGCUCACUCUGUUUUUGGUCGUUUGAUUGUGGACGCCCAUUAUCGUGCUUCACUAUACGCUGGUAUUAAUAUCUCUGGUAUUAAUGCGGAAGUAAUGCCUGGACAGUGGGAAUAUCAAGUGGGUCCAUGCACAGGUAUUGAGUCAGGUGAUCACUUGUGGAUGUCUCGUUAUAUUCUACUGCGUGUAUGCGAGGACUUUGGUGUCAAUGUAUCGUGGGACCCCAAACCAAUUCCAGGAGACUGGAAUGGUGCUGGGUGUCACACAAACUACUCAACAAAGGCAAUGCGUGAGGAGGGAGGAAUGACUCAGAUCAUUGAGGCUAUUGAGAAGAUGAAACUCAAACACAAGGAGCACAUUGCAGCGUAUGGCACGGGCAACGAACGUCGUCUCACGGGUCGCCACGAGACGGCCAGCAUGGACACGUUCUCGUAUGGCGUCGCCAAUCGUGGUGCAUCAAUCCGCAUCCCUCGCGUGGCGGAGGCCGAAGGCAAGGGCUACUUCGAAGAUCGUCGCCCGGCGUCCAACAUGGACCCCGUAAAGAAGCCAUUAGAUGUGAUGCUAUCUUCGUCUUCGUCAGUCAGUGACUUUGUACAAGAUUUGUAG